GUUUUGCAGAGUUCGUGCACAAUCGACGUGACAUACUUCCCGUUCGACCAACAGACGUGCAUCAUGAAGUUCGGAUCGUGGACGUUCAACGGCGACCAAGUGUCCUUAGCGCUCUACAAUAACAAAAACUUUGUCGACUUGUCCGACUAUUGGAAGUCGGGCACUUGGGACAUAAUCGAGGUGCCAGCCUACCUCAACAUCUACGAGGGCAACCAGCCGACAGAGACCGACAUCACCUUCUACAUCAUCAUCAGGCGGAAGACACUCUUCUACACGGUCAAUCUCAUUCUGCCGACUGUGCUCAUCUCGUUCCUUUGUGUGUUGGUGUUCUAUCUGCCGGCCGAGGCCGGCGAAAAAGUGACAUUGGGCAUAAGUAUUUUGCUGUCACUGGUUGUGUUUCUGCUGCUCGUCUCCAAAAUCCUGCCACCCACGUCACUGGUGCUGCCGCUCAUCGCCAAGUACCUGCUAUUCACCUUCAUCAUGAACACAGUGAGUAUCCUGGUCACAGUCAUCAUAAUCAACUGGAACUUCCGAGGACCACGCACACACCGCAUGCCGCCGUGGAUCCGCGCCGUCUUCCUCUACUACCUGCCGAUCAUCCUGCUGAUGAAGCGGCCGAAGAAGACGCGUCUGCGCUGGAUGAUGGAGAUGCCCGGCAUGAGUGCACCGCCGCACCCCUCCUACGGGUCGCCGGCCGAGCUGCCCAAGCACCUGCCGCCAGCCGCAGCGUCGGCCGCCGCAGCUGCAGCCGCAGCCGCCAAGGGCAAGAUGGAGGCGAUGGAGUUGUCCGACCUGCAUCACCCCAACUGCAAGAUCAACCGCAAGGCGUCGGCCGAGCGUCGCGAGAGUGAGAGCUCCGACUCGCUGCUCCUCUCGCCCGAGGCUUCCAAAGCCACUGAGGCUGUCGAGUUCAUCGCCGAACAUCUGCGCAACGAAGACCAGUACAUACAGGACACUGAUUUAACGGAGGAAACACACUUUGGUGAUCCGAAGCGGAUGAGUCGUGAGUCAUCGUUGUUGACAAAGUAG